AUGGCGAGGAAGAUGAGGCCUGUGCUGGGGAUGCUCUGUGCAGUCUUGGAGGAGAACAGCUGGUGCGCCACGGCCAAGAUCACAGUGUGGUCUUGUCCGGCUGCGAUCUGGGUGACUGCCCAUGCCGUCAUUGUGGAAACCCCCCGGAAUGUUCUCCGGGCUGCCCGGGGAGACAGCGUUACCCUUCCGUGCACCUACCACACUUCUGCCUCCAACCGAGAUGGAUUUGUGCAAUGGGACAAGCUUCUAAGGAGUCACUCGGAAAUGGUGCUCAUCUGGAAGUUUUCGACAAAAACCCUCAUCGGUGGUGAACUUUACAAGGACCGAGUCAAUGUAUCUGGCAACGCUGAGAUCUCAGAUGCCUCCAUCACCAUCGGUCAGCUGACUAUGGAAGACAAUGGCACCUACGAGUGCUCAGUGUCACUGAUGGAGGACCUGGGAGGCACCCCGAAGUCACGUGUCCAGCUCUUAGUCCUCGUCCUACCCUCCAAACCAGAGUGCGGCAUCGAGGGAGAGGCCAUCAUUGGGAACAACAUUCAGCUGACCUGCCAAUCAAAGGAGGGCUCUCCUGCCCCUCAGUACAGCUGGAGGACCUACGACAUCCUGAACCAGGAGCGGCCAGCCCCACCAGUCACAGGCCAGACUUUGUCUCUGAAGAACAUCUCCACAGACAUGUCGGGUUAUUACAUCUGCACCUCCAGAAAUGAGAUGGGGGAGAAGUCCUGUAACAUCACUGUGGCUGUCAGACCUCCCUCCAUGAACAUGGCCUUGUAUGCGGGCAUUGCGGGGGGCCUGGCUGCAGCCAUCAUUGUCAUCGGCAUUGUCGUCUACUGCUGCUGUUGCCGGGGGAAGGACGAGGCCAAGGACACAAGGCAGAAUCGGGUGGCCUACCAGAAGCCUCCAGAGCAGCUGAGAGAGCUUCAGACGGGGAGGGAAGAGGAGGACGACUACAGGCAAGAAGACGAGAGGAACUACGGGCGGGAGUCCCCGGGCCACGCUGACCGGUGA